GUCUCAAAAGGUGGUGCCAAUAGAGAUAUAUAUGCACGAGAGUAGAGGAGAUGAAAAUGUUGACUACCUGAAUGACAGGAAGACUCGCGAACGACGCGGUAAACCUUGUCAAGUGCGGGCCGAUCUGGAUCUGAUCGACAUUAUUGUUCGGGUCCCCAGUAGACACAGGCACAGACCUCUCAAGAUCUCAACGUUCAACACUAAUCCAACUCGGUCUUUGAGCCUUGUCACCCAACAUGUCUGAUAAUCCUUCACCUAUUCUGCGGCCAACCCCCACAGACGGCUUCCCCAGUCUCACCUCGCUUCAACAAAUAGCGACCGAGAACACUCUCAAGAACCGACACCCAUCCGCCGCGCUUCCAACAGACACAAAGCCUCCCGAAGCCGUCUUACAGCGCAACCAACACAUUCAAUUCCUCGUCCGAAAUCUCAUCCAAGGAUUCCCCGCUAGAUAUACUUCGCAAGAUGCAAGUCAGCCCUGGUUAAUCUUCUGGACCUUGCAAGGAUUCAGCGUGCUUGGUGUCGGGCUGGAUGAGAAGAACAAGAAGAGGAGUUCGUAGAGCUGUGGAGACCCUUCUUGGACUGCAACACCCUGAAGGCGGGUUCUGCGGUGGUCCCGGUCAAGCACCCCACCUUCUUCCUACGUAUGCAGCGACAUGUGCACUAGCUAAUGCCGGUCAACCGGGGGAAGGUGGCGGCUGGGAUGCUAUUGACCGAGAGAAGAUGUACGACUUUUUCAUGUCGCUGAAGCAACCCGAUGGUUCAUUCCUGGUGACGUAUGAUGGAGAAGUUGACGUUCGUGGUAUCUACUGUUUAUUGGCAGUCGCAACGCUCCUGAACCUCCUCACGCCCGAACUCAUCGCCGGAACCCCAGAAUUCCUCGCUACAUGUCAAACCUACGAAGGUGGUUUCGGGAACGCUUCCUUCCCAGGCUGGGCCCUCCGUGAUGACGUUGCUCCCGGUGAACCCGCAAUCGACCCUACGUCGCCCCGUCCACCCCUCGGAGAAGCACACGGCGGAUACUCAUUCUGUGCACUCGCAUCUUGGGUUCUCCUCCUGCCCUACAUCAACUCCUACCCCACACACUCCCCGUCCCUUCCCAAGCCCUCGAUCAACAUCCACUCUCUACUUCGCUGGUUAGCACAUCUGCAAGGCGAGGCGAUUGAGUUGGGUGGGUUCAAGGGACGGACGAAUAAACUUGUGGAUGGAUGUUAUAGUUGGUGGGUUGGUGGGUGUGUUGGGAUUAUUGAGGGGUUGUUGGCCGGGGGCGGAGUUGGGGUUGCGGAUGAGAGUCCUGAAAAUGAAGCUGCUGGUGAACAACACGAUGAUGGUUGGGAUGAUGUCGAUGACUCGUUGUACAAUCGGAAAGCGUUGCAAGAGUAUAUUCUGUAUGCCGGACAACAUCCAGCAGGAGGUUUAGUGGAUAAACCACCAAAACCUGCAGAUGCAUAUCACACAUUGUAUGACCUCUCAGGCCUCUCAGCAGCACAACACCGAGUCAUACCCAACUCAAAGCGGGAGAAAGAGCUCUUGGCAUGUUGGACAGAAGACGAAGUCAAGGAUCCCGUGGAGGGCUUACGAAGAGACACGUUCGCAUACGCUCUCAGCUGGUUAGAAGAAGAGGGCGCGUCCAAGUAUGUCGGCGGUGCCCAGAAUCGCGUCAACGCGACCCACCCGCUGUUCAAUCUCACUGUGACACAUGCGGAGAAUAUGAUGGCGCACUUUUAUAAAAGGGACGUGCCGAGUCGGUAUAGAACGAAGCUCUCGAAAUGAGCUCCUUGCACCCCUUCGAUCUAUGGGUGAGAAAGAUAAUGAAGGCGUGCUCGGAAUUUAUAAACCAAAAUUGUAUUAUUACGAUAUUGCCAGUCUGGUAAUGUAUCAACUCUUGGACACUAUUGGUACCACCAGACGCGUGACGGAGACUUACGAAUCUGUUCCCGGCCUUGGUUAGAUAGGUGAAGCAAAUACUAACGACUUCCUAUACUGAUCCUUCGGGAACUUCUGCGGUACCUUUGAAUUCGCAGUUUGGACCUCGUUGCUUGUCCACUUCAGGGCAUCGAAAGAACUCCUUCCUAUAUCUCACCAGGUGCUCGUCCUAAUGCCAUUUCGUAUUCAAUCUUCACUUUCCGGGCGUAGGACUAUACCCCGUGGAGA